AUUAAUUUAGCGCAAGAGAAGAAACUAACUAGUCAAUGGAAUAGUAUUACCCAACUUUGUUUGGAAUAUAUUACAAAGAGAUUAAACACAAGGAAGAGAUGCCUUUGAGGAAUAUCUUGUAGAGCUGGCCUCAACUUCGUCUUCCCUUCUCUCCGGUCCUUCCUUACAUAUUUAAGGAACAUAUUGCCUAUGGCUAACGUCCUAGAGAAACUAUUUGGCUCUCUCGUUUCGGCUAUCGCAUACUGUUUCUUUCGCUAUCAAGAAGACGACCAUAAAAAUAUCAACAACAUCAACUACGACAUGCCCAAGGGUCGACCACUUUCCUUACAGACCGUAGAGCUCAAAGUGAGGAUGUGCUGCACUGGCUGCGAGAGAGUUGUUAGAGAUGCCAUCCACAAGCUUAGAGGGAUUGACUCGGUAGAGGUGGACAUAGAAAUGGAGAAGGUGACAGUGAUUGGGUACGUUGAUCGCAACAAGGUGCUUAAGGCAGUGAGGAGGGCGGGGAAGAGGGCUGAGUUCUGGCCAUACCCCAAUCCACCUUUGUACUUCACAUCGGCAAACAACUACUUCAAAGACACGACCAGCGAGUUCAAAGAGAGCUACAACUACUGGAGGCAUGGGUACAACGUCGGUGACAAGCAUGGCACCAUUCCCAUCAGUCAUCGGGGAGACGAUAAAGUUAGCAACAUGUUCAAUGACGACAACGUCAAUGCCUGCUGCCUCAUGUAAAAUGCAAUCUUUAGUAUUGUAACAAUCUCCAUCGUCGCUUAUCAUAUAUAUGUUUCUUUGUAUAUAUAUGUUUUGUGUAAUACUUAGGAUCUCCCGCUAUAUGCAUGCUUGUUGGUUUGAUUUGAAUAGCUUGUUCUUAUAAUUAAUUAG